AUGUCCUUGUUCAACAGGCGUGCCGGCGUCUGCGGGCUGCUGCUCGCGUCAGCAUUGAUCCCAAGAGCCCUUGGCAGCUCGGUGCCAAUAGUGUAUUGUGCGAGCAUCAAUACCGCAUCAACAAGUGCCAACAGCAGCAUAUACCAAUCUGACGGGCUAUGUUUGAAUCUCUGCGAGAGCAGUUAUGCAUAUGCCAUCGUGCAUGGGGAGAACUGCUGGUGCUCUGACUAUACACCCGCCUCCAGUGACCAGGUGGACACGGACGAAUGCGACAUUGCUUAUCGCACCUGUCACGACGACUGUUAUUAUAAGCGCCGAACCGAUAACACCAACAACGUCGUCAUCGUCCACAUCUUCAACAUUUUCAACCAAAAAACGACGGAAACUCCUACGAAAACCCAGACUCCGACAGUGCAGACCGUGACCACUGGUGGUGUUGUCCUGACUGUCACCGUGACGCCUAGUUCGGCAUCGAGUCAGGUUUCUGCUGCAGUGACCACCAAGAAGCACAAGAGCGUCAGCACGGGAGCCGCUGUUGGGAUUGCCAUUGGUGUGGUUGUCGGUGUGGUCUUGGUUGCCGCAAUAGCAUUCUUGCUGUGGCGCCGCAAGCGACAGCAGAGCGAGAAGGAUGAGGCCCUAUUCGCUGCCACCAAUUCUCCUUCGACUCGCGGCACGUCGCCUGGCACCAUGAACGGCCUCAAUGUAGCAGAGGCAGUCGGUGCGGCAUCGUUCGCACGCCAUGGCGCCGACGGAAGCUGGGAGAGCGACCAGUCUGGCCGGCGCCGCAGCACGUUAAUGCCGAUUGACCCGCGUAUCGACCCUGGUUUCACGGAUAUAUACUCCCGCACCGACAACAAGAGCCGAGAUAGCGUCAACUCUUUGCGCGAUGACCACGAUUACUCGAGGCGGGUUCACCAGCCGAACAAAGUGCUGCGUGCAACGAACCCAGACCCAGACGACGAAUAA